CAAUCAUCCAACAUACAAUUUUUUUUUGUACCGACUGCUUCAACAUCGUUUUUCAUAAGUUCUCUAGAUCUUUGGCUUCGUAAGUUCAUUUCAGAUUGCUCUCAACUUUCAUAGCAGCUCUGUAUAUAAAUGUGUAAAAGAAGCCAUUGAACAAAGAGAUAGAAAAGUAUUAAAUAUAUUUUGCAGAAGCGUAUCAUGAAACUGGAAAAUAUACAUUAAUAAUGUAUGGCGUAAUAUUAUCCUCUUGAAUUGUAUAGAAUUUGUAUGAAAACUGUGCUUUCUAUGAAUUCGAGUAAUACAAUAUUUCUCAGAGAAGCUCCACUGCAAUCAUCUGGGCAUCACUGCUAACCAUUGUUUUAACAUCGUGGCAUGUUUUCGCGGUACACAAAAGAUCCGAAGGUUGAGAACCUCCCAUUUUUCAAAAAAUGACGGAAUACUUUGAUUUACCGCUUAAUAUGGACAGAAUCUGCAGAAUUUGCCUUACAGAGGGUACGAAUUUAUCUUCUAUUUUUUGUACCGAUCAAGAAGUAAAUGAUUUUUCUGAUCUUCCACAAAAAAUACAAGUUUGUGGAUCAGUAGAAAUUCAUGAACAAGAUGGAUUACCUUCAUUAAUUUGUGAUAUUUGUAUUUAUAAAGCAAGCGUUGCUCAUGAAUUUAGGCAACAAUGUCAGCAUUCUGAUGCCAAAUUACGAAUGUAUUAUAAUAAACCAGCAAAAAUUACUAUUGUGGAUACAUGCACACAAACAGAACCAGAGAUAAGAACAGCAUUAUCAAAAGAGCAAGUUAGCGAAGAAGAUUAUUUUGUAAAGGAGGAAAUGCAAGGAGCAUCAUCAAAUUCUCAAGAAUUUAUACAAAAUAACAAUUCAUAUUGUAGAAGUGAAUCUGGUUUAAAUACUGGCCAAAUUGAGAUGCAGAAUGAAAAACUUUUUAUAUGUUCUAUUGGAUUUGAAACAACUAAGGAAUCUCAGAAGGAAGCUUGCAGUUCAGAAAAUGAUAUACAUCAAACUUCUCUUAUAGAAGAAGGUACUAAUGAUGUUUCUGAAACUAUAGAUAUACAAAAUAAAUCUGAAGAAAUUCCAGACACUAGUCAAAAUAUGGAAGAAGAUGACAAGAAACAAGAGGAUGAAUUUCUUGACGAAAAUUUAUUAAAUGAUGAUAUCAAAGAGGAAGAAGUUUUACAGAAACGUACAUCAGGUAGAAAAGUUAAAUCAGUGCCUAAUAAAACUUACAGUGAAGAUGAGAUCGAUGAUAAUUAUUAUGAUUUAAGUAAUGAUGGUCAAGAUUCUGGAGACUCAAAAUUUAAAUGUAAAAUAUGUUCAAAAUGUUUUAGUACACAGAGAGGUUUAAAAAAACAUUCCCUUGUUCAUGAAAAAAAGCAUAAGUGUAAUAUUUGUUCAAAAAUGUUUUACAAACAGGAGAACAUGGAGAAUCACAGAAAGAUACAUGCAUCCAAACCCCUUGCAUGUCAGUUAUGUCAUGCAUGUUUUUCUAAGCCUCAAAGUCUUGUGCGCCAUUUAAAAUCCCAUACAGAAAAAGUAAAUGACAUGAUUAAACAAAUUAAUACAGAUGAACAAAAGGAUAAUAAUGAACCGAAGAAAGAAAUGAAACUUGAAGAUGAUACAGAUGAUGAAAGUGGUACUGUUAAUGAAGGUUAUAAUUUUGAAAAUGCACCUGAAUUGUACAAAUGUGAAAUUUGUAGUCAGUAUUGUUCUUCUUUGAAAAAUCUAAAAAGACAUACUCUGGUACAUGGUGAUAAAAAAUAUUCAUGCACUGUAUGUAAAAAAUGGUUCUUCAGGCCAGAUACUUUAAAAAAACAUGCAGAAAAACAUGGACAUGGAUUAUUAGACAAUUUAGUUGAUAAUAAUAAAUUCUUUGAUUCUGAUGAUGACUCUUGUCCAAAUACUACAAAAAGUACUGAACAAGAGAGUGAAAGUGUUAAAAAGGAAGAAAGUGAUGAAGAUGGUUCUGGUGAAUAUAAAUGCCAACAUUGUGAUAAAGUCAUGGCUACGAAGAAAGGUCUUAGGCGCCACGUAUCUACACACAAACCGAAAGCUGAACCAGUUACUUGUGAAAUUUGUGGAAAGAUUUGUGCUAGUCAAGCUCGUCUUGUACUUCAUCAAAGGACACAUGUACCAAAAGAAAAAGUUCCACGAGAAUACUUGUGCCACAUAUGUAGUAAAGUGUAUCCAAGUAACUCUUCCCUCACGUAUCAUAUGAGAACUCAUACUGGUAUUAAGCCACAUGUUUGUAAAACUUGCAAUAGUGGAUUUACUACAACAACCAGUUUAGCAAAUCAUAUUAGAAUUCAUACUGGUGAUAAACCAUUUGUUUGUCAUGUAUGUAGUGCUGCAUUCGCUGUAAGUUCUGCUUUUAGACGACAUUUAACUCGUCAUACUGGAGAAGCAAACUAUUUGUGUAAAACAUGUGGUAAAGCAUUUAAAAGACUAAGUACUUUAAAAGAACAUACUUACACUCAUUCUGGUGAAAAACCAUAUGUAUGUAAAACAUGUGGAGCAGCAUAUAGUCAUAGUGGUAGCUUAUUUGCUCAUCAAAAACGUUGUCGAGCUCAGUAUGGAGAGAUAGUUGUAGAAGAGCACCAUCAUUCAGUUGCUCAUCAUAUUCAUGUAAAUAAUGUGCAAUCUGCAGUACGAUCACUUGCUGUGAUAGGACAAAUGUUUUAAAAAGUUGAAAUUUAUUAUAUCAGAAACAUGAUUUUGCUUAUUUAUCACAACAGAUUAUAUAUGCAUAUACAUGUAUGUUUGCUAAACGUAUACAUUCAUAUGAACAUGUAUACGUGCUAAAUAAGUACAGAAUGGUAGAAUGUGCUACAUUUCGUAUACUAUAUAAGACAUUAUUGUAGAAACAAUGCAAUUGUGUAAAUAUAUGAGCAACUUUUCUUUUUUA